AUGGCAACACAACAAAAAGUUGACACCUCAAGAUGGAUUGUUAUUUAUCCAGCUUAUAUUGAUAGUGAGUUAACUAUAGCUCAAGGAAGAAAAGUUUCUAAGGAAGUUUCAGUUAAACAGCCAAAUGUGUUUGAUCUGAAAAAAGCAUGUGAAACAUUAAAGGUUAAUUUUGUUCUAGAAAAACAAAGAUAUUCACGACAACAAUGGGUUAUGGGAAGAGUUCGUAUUCAAUUAAAAGAUGAAAAUGGAGUUAACAUUACAUCAUUUAAAAAUCGAAUUACUUUAAUUAGAGCAGUUGCAGAAUCUGUGAAAAAUGCAAGAGAAGAGGCUGCAAAAGCUCAACCAGCAAAGAAAGUUGGAAAGAAAUAA